AGCAAGAGAGCAAGUUGCUCCAGUUGUUCCUGAACAGGAGACUCUGCAAGGUGCCCAGAGGACCAUCUCAAGACGGGUCGGGAAGCACCUACCUUCUCUGGCAGGGGAGGAAAAUGUUUAUUUUCCAUGCUUUCCCCAAAACCCCACAUCCCUGCCAACCUUAGUUUUAAGGUGUAUUCUUACUUAGAGUUGAGAAGCCUGUUUCAACUUAAAGACACCAGUAUCAGGUGAAUGGACAACCAACUUCCGCAAUGAAAGAAAUUAAACCAGGAAUAACCUAUGCAGAACCCUUGCCUCAACCAUCCCCCAGUAUUUCCUGACACAUAUUUUUGCUGACAGUCCAUCCUAACUAAAGAAUGGGGUUCAACCUGACAUUUACAAAAUUACCAGAUACCGAGCUGCUCAGCCAAGGGAGCCACGUUCCAAGUAAUGCCAGCGAUGGCCUCGGAAGGAAUACCACCCUUAACAACGAGUUCGACACCAUCAUCAUGCCUGUGCUUUACCUCGUUGUAUUCGUGGCAAGCCUCUUGCUGAAUGGUCUAGCAGUGUGGAUCUUCUUCCACAUUAGGAAUAAAACCAGCUUCAUAUUUUAUCUCAAAAACAUAGUAGUUGCUGACCUCAUAAUGACGCUGACAUUUCCAUUUCGAAUAGUCCAUGAUAUAGGAUUGGGACCAUGGUACUUCAAGGCCAUCCUCUGCAGAUACACCUCAGUUUUAUAUUAUGCAAACAUGUAUACUUCCAUCGUGUUUCUUGGGCUGAUCAGCAUUGAUCGCUAUCUGAAGGUGGUAAAGCCAUUCGGGGACUCUCGCAUGUACAGCAUAACCUUUACGAAGGUUUUAUCCAUUUGUGUUUGGGUGAUCAUGGCUAUUUUGGCCUUGCCAAACAUCAUCCUAACAGAUGUUCAACCAACUAAAGAAAAUAUUCAUGAAUGCAUGAAACUUAAGAGUCCCUUGGGAGUCCGAUGGCAUAAUGUAGUCAUUUACCUCAAAAGCUGCUUGUUUGUGGCUGUGCUGGUGAUCCUGAUUGGGUGUUACAUAGCCAUAUCCCGGUACAUCCACAAGUCCAGCAGGCAGUUCAUCAGCCAGUCAAGCCGGAAGCGGAAACAUAACCAGAGCAUUAGGGUGGUGGUGGCUGUGUUUUUCACCUGUUUUCUACCAUAUCACUUGUGCAGAAUUCCUUUUACUUUUAGUGACUUAGACAGACAUUUAGAUGAAUAUGCACACAAAAUCCUGUAUUACUGCAGAGAACUGACACUUUUCUUGUCUGCGUGCAAUGUGUGCCUGGACCCAAUAAUUUACUUUUUCAUGUGUAGGUCAUUUUCAAGAAGGUUAUUCAAGAAAUCAAAUAUCAGAACCAGGAGCGAAAGCAUCAGGUCACUGCAAAGUGUUAGAAGAUCAGAAGUCCGCAUAUAUUAUGACUAUACUGAUGUGUAGGAGUUAAAGGCUAGGAGACCUCCCCUUGUAUGUUGAAGUCGAUAUGUACAAAUUGCAAAUAAAUGUUUCUUUUGAUUAA